AUGCCGAUUAUGCUCUGGUGGAUUUGCAGCGCAACGACUCACAUUUCCAAAAAAUCGGCUUUUCAGGUCAUCAAAGAUUUGGGAUCUCACGCAUACUGUACCCUAGAAGACACAGGCCCUGACAUAGCCCUACGCAAAAACGGCUUGCACCAGAAAGGUAAAAGUAAAGGAAAGGACCCCGAACCACAAGCACACCAGAUCUGCAAUCCCUCUAUCUGUAUCAUCUCUUCGUUUGCGUUUCAAGAUCUUCCACUCAUGGCCUUUCUCAAAACGCUAUCCCAGCCCAAGUUGCACGCCAGUAUCAAAAGCUGGGCUCUUGGCUAUGCACGCGCUCUUCCAAACCUUCGCACCAUGACCCCACCAACUCUCUCUACCAUGUCAAAGCGUUUUCAGCACAGUGAGACUGCGCACUUAUCCGCUUUGUCUCAGGAGAAGAUAGACCUUGAGAGCAAGUAUGGUGUCAGGAACUAUCAUCCGCUACCUGUCGUUCUAUCUCGAGGGUUAGGGACUCGCGUGUGGGAUGUCGAAGGUCGCGAGUACCUCGAUUUCUUAGCUGCCUAUUCGGCUGUCAACCAGGGUCAUUGUCACCCACACAUUCUAGCCGCUCUGGCGUCGCAGGCGGCGAAGCUAACACUUACUUCCAGGGCAUUUUAUAAUGACCAACUGGGCCAUUUCGAAGAGCGUCUGUGUAACACGUUCGGGUUUGAUCGCUGUUUGCCUAUGAAUUCUGGUGUCGAGGCAUGCGAGUCUGCCGUUAAGUUUGCUCGCCGCUGGGGAUAUGAAGUCAAGCGUAUCGCUGAUGGUCGAGCUCGAGUGGUGUUUGCGAGAGGCAACUUUUGGGGGCGUUCAGUAGCGGCUAUUUCUUCUUCCACUGACCCAGUUUGCCGAAACGGUUUCGGACCCUUUGUUCCCGGCUUCGAUCUCGUGGACUAUGAUAAUCUCGAAGAGCUGGAAAAAGCAACAUCCCAUCCCGACGUGUGCGCAUUUAUGGUGGAACCCAUACAGGGCGAGGCUGGUAUUAUAGUUCCUCAGGAGGGUUACCUGGCAAAGGCGAAAGAGAUUUGCGAGAAAAACCGCGUCCUGCUCAUCGUAGAUGAGGUACAGACAGGGCUUGGCCGGACAGGUCGACUUCUUUGUAGCGGCCAUGACAACGUGAAGCCUGACAUGGUUGUCUUGGGAAAAGCGUUGAGCGGUGGGGUAUUCCCGGUUUCGGCAGUACUUGGUAGUGAUGAGGUGAUGACGUUGAUUGGACCAGGUGAACAUGGGUCUACUUAUGGUGGAAAUCCUCUUGCAUGCGCUGUAGCAAUGGCUGCGUUGGAUGUGAUUGAGAAUGAGGGUCUGUGCGAAAAUGCGGAGAAGAUGGGGCAUGCUCUCCGUGACGGUCUCUUCCAGAAUCGACGCACAACGCGGAAAAUCCUGUCUGAUGUACGAGGGAAAGGACUGAUGAAUGCCCUUCAGAUUAAGGAUGUGUAUGGGGACGGGUCGACGGCAUGGCAGGUUUGUCUUGAGAUGGCCAAGAAUGGGGUCCUGGCAAAGCCAACGCAUGGAGACAUCAUUCGUCUGGCGCCUCCGCUGGUGAUUACGAAAGAAGAAGUCAAGCAGGCGUGUGUCGUCAUCCGCGAGGCGUUACGAGUCGUUAGCUCGAAUCAUGAACAUCAACAGCAAGCAGUUACGGAAUAAAUACGCUGUAGGUAGAAAUUUCUCUGACUUGUUGUCCUAAUGGGUGAACUGCAUCGAUGCCGUCAAGUAGUCUCAGUUCCGGGACGUAGCGCUCUGACGCUUCUGGUGCAUACCUGCAACUGGGGAUCGAUAGUGUAGUGGGAAAGUGUCUACGAGCAAAAAGGGAGUUGGUACCCUUGUAUCGAAACUUAUACUGUACAGAAAACAGUAUUGUGGAAAAGAAGCGAUUCCCUGCAGAUGGGGUCAAGGUAUGGAUUUAAAGUGAAAAACAUAAUGCAUGUCAAUAAACAACCUUCAUACAGAGUAAAGUCUCGAUAUGGUGAACCGAAAUGUGGCGCUUCCGAGCAACCUACUGAGUUCGCCUUAUCGGGCCAGUUCACAGUGGCGGAACUGCUCAUGUACACGUGUAGCCGUUGUACAGGUACAGCAAGGCACAUAACGUCACUUCCUCUGACACUGUGUAUCAACGGGCGACGUCGACGGGCGCAAUCGGACAUCCAGAGCUCUUCCCGUUGUGAUUCAGCCUCCCUUUCUUUUCAUUCAGCCGCGUACGGAGACUUCAACGUAUGAAUCUGAAGCAAGGACGUAUUGAUAGCUUCUGUAUUCGUUGAUGGUUCGUUUCUAGUGCGCAUUUCGGCCUCGAUAAAGUGAACUCUGGGUUUUUCAUAUUUUU